AACAGUGUUGCAAAACACUCGCAUUGUUGAAAAUUUGCCUUCGCCACGUAAAAUAGUGGUCCGAUUUUCAUUUUCGAAAUACCUGACACACAACUAGCAAUUUCACCAUGGCACCACAACAGAAGGGCAAACAGGGCACGAAGGGCGCCAAGCAAAUCGUGGAGGAAAACAAGACGACACUGGCUUUCUACCGAAACAUGGCCAUUGGAUGCGCUGCACCCGCCGUGCUCCUCAGUUUCCUGGUCUUUGAGGUCACCAAAACCUCGGUGUUCAUGCACAUUCUGGCAUUGCUGAUCCUUGGAAGCUCCUACCAGUUUAUGGCCUUCAUGUCCAAGGCGAAAUACUCCGAGAGCGGUGCUCUUGUGGACUCCGGCAACGACUUGAACAUGGAGGGCGGUAUCGCGGAAAACGUCAAGGACCUGAUCAUCCUCACCUCCGGCACACUGCUGCUGGCCCUCAUCUCCAACUACUUCUGGCUGGUGCUCCUCCUGGCGCCCGUACGCGCUGGCUGGAUGCUCUGGGGAACGGUCAUCCAGCCUUGGCUGUCGCAGCGCAACGCCCAGGACGAGAAUCCCGAGGUGGACGAGAAGAAGCAAAAGAAACUGGAGCGCAAGAUGCGCCGCAUGAGAUAGGAGACACCUCCACCGCCCGAGGUGACCUAGUAGUUAAGGGGUUCCUGGUUUUCAUGAGAUUCUACGCUUAGUUGUGUGUGCGUUUCCAAAUUGUUAAAUGUUCAGCAAAUUAAACUGCUCGAGACAAAAGACAAUUCACGGUUUUAGUUAGUCAAAGCAUUUUUGUGCGAUUUAAUUGCGGUGAAUUUUCCAAGACGACGGGCUCUGCGAGGGAAAUUGCAUUUCCUCACCAGGUGCCGCCGGGUUUUUGUGCAUUGUAAAUAUAUAUAUUCGUGUAAUUGUUUAUAAAUAAAUGUGCUUCAGUGCAGCAGGAA